AUGGGUUUGAUUUAUGGAAAACUAACAGCAAUAGCAUUAAUAAUUCUAACAUUGGCAACUUUGGCACACCAAGUAAAUCAUGUGAAAUAUAAUGUUCUAGAGGAAUUAUCACUAUCAUAAGGAUAUAAUUCAGGCUCAAUGUUAAAGCGUUAAAACACCACCUAGAGUGACAAAUCAAUGUCUUUCUCAUCAGUUGAUAGAUAAUCUUAAUCAUUGAGAGUUAAUAUCAAGAUGAUGAAUAUGUAUGAAGCCCUUCCUGAUACUUUUGAUGAGAAAAAAGUCCAGUUUAAUGAACUUAACAACUGUGAAAUCUGCUAUAUAAAGUUUACAACACUAAAUCGAAAACAUCACUGCAGAAGAUGUGGCAAAACUGUGUGUAAUAAGUGCUCAAAUAAUUAAAGGCCGCUUUCAAAGUCUGAUCAGAAGACUCUCUACAGGAUAUGUGAUUCCUGUGAUACUGAGCUGCAAAAUUACAAGGUAAAGUACCAAUAUUUUAUUUAUUUGUGCUUUAUUUCAUCUCAAUUCUAGUUGAAAUAAGACCUAGAUGAUAUUAAAGUUGCAUAAGAAAUGUAAAUAACCAUUCUAAAUGAAAAGGUAGAGGAAAUGGACGAGGAAAAAUCGAAAUUGAGAACUAAAUACGAGGAUGAAAAGUAGAAAUUACAGUAAAAAUUAUAGGAAGCUCAAAAAAAGAAAGUCAGCAUUGAGAAAGAAGUCGAAUCAUUGAGAAAAGGUCUUGAGAAGCUUAAUAGUGAUAGAAAUAAUAUGCAUAAAGAGUUAUGUCAUGAAGAAAAAAUAUUGAGAGAAAAGGAAAGUGAAAAAAAUAAGUUAAUUAAUCAAAAAAGUCAAAAACUUAAUGAAUUGGCCGAAAAGGAAAAGCUACUUCAUGAUAAGGAGCAAAAGAAUAGUGAACUCAGAUAGUAAUUAGAGAUACAAAAGCAGAAGUUUAGAAAGAGUACUAACGAUCCAGACGAAGAACUUAAAAACUCUACUCUGUCUAAUAAAGACUCAACUUAGUUAGUUAUUGAUGAGGAUGAGAAACUUAGAUUGGAUCGUCAGAGAAUGGAAAAGUUCAAGUACAUAGAAAACUCAAUGGCAAAUCAUAGGAUUGAUGAAUAAUUCUGUGAAUAGAGUGAAUAUAAUGAAUCAAUCUUGUCAAUUCAUGAUCGAAAGAAUACUCAUAGAAGUAAUAUUGAUAACAGAAGAAGUGGAAAUGCUAAUAAAAGUUCAGAGUUGCCUGUUCUUGAGGUAGAUGAAGAAUAAGAAUCUGAGCAUUCUAGGAAAAUGGAUAGGAAGUAAAUGAAGAAAGAGUUGUAGAAGAAAGAAACUUCUAAUAUACUUAGUUAAGCUUUUGAUAAGUAAAAUGGAAAAUAAAGGUAGGGGACUUCCUUCAAUCAAGCCCCUUCAACUAAAAGUAAGAAAAGUUAGAAGAAACUAAAUGGCUCUAGUGAUGAUGAAGAGGAGAAUGAAGGCACAUCAAUCCCAAAAAUUAUUAGGAAAAAGAACUGA